UGCACGAGUCUCGCCAUGGGCAUCAGGGGCGGCGUCAGCCCGGUUCUUCACCUGUUGCCACAACCUCAGCUUUCGCUCUCUCUCUCUCUCUCUCUCACCAUCUAUUUUCCAUACAGAUACAUCCAUCAACAUCCUUCACUUUGAACGCCAACCCAAAUGGGCUCCAACGAUGUGCCGCCCGCCCAUUGCCCAUCAUGGGUAGUCCCCACGAGUACCGCUCUGCUCGGCAUCGGCGUGCUGUUCUGGGACGCGACCUAUAUCCUCAUGACGCGGCGCGCUUUAGCCACCAAAACCUACGGCAUGCCGCUCCUGGCUCUCGCCCUCAACGUUUCGUGGGAGCUCGUCUAUGCCUUUUACGUUAGCGAGAUGAUACUCGAGAAACUGGGCUUUGCCUUCUGGCUCUUGCUGGACAUUGGCCUCAUCUACACCACCGUCCGCUUCGGUCCCGAGGCCUGGCGUCAUACAAACCCAUGGGUAGGCCGGAAUAUCGGCUGGCUUUUUGCCCUUAUGACCGCCGUUGGAUGCGUGGGCCACUACGCCUUUGCUGCCUGGUGGAUGUCCGAGCCUCACCGCGGUUCCGGCGAUAAGACGGGCAAGUUCUGGGCGGGCCAGGAUGCGUAUGAUGCCACCGAAGUGGCCUUUUGGUCUGCCGCCGUCUGUCAACUUGCCGGCAGCGCGGGAAGUCUCGCCAUGCUCAUAACCCGGGGUCAUUCUGGGGGAACAAGCUAUCUGAUUUGGCUAUGUCGAGCACUCGGCACACUGAUCGGUUUGGUGUUUGCCAAUGUCUUCCUCUGGUGGUUCUGGCCAGAAGCUCAUGGCUUCGUCUUCAGCCCCUUUGCCGUAUUCUUAUGGGGAACUUCUCUCGUCUGCGACAUCUUGUAUCCUUUCGUACUGUGGCAGGUCCGCCGGUCUGAGGUAUUGAUUUCAGACGGUACGCUCGCGAUGUCAAGUGCUGGUCAGGCCACCUUGGCAGCCCCCGGGAACUACGAGAAGAAGAAGCAAUAAGGUCUUCGCGUCUGCAAGCACUUUCCCCCUUAGGUCCCAGAAUGUGCCUCUGCUUGAGACUUUCUCGCCUCCAAGCUGCAUAUACAUUCCAUCAUGUGCUACCUCUAUGGUUGUCGUCGGCCUUGGGACUCUCGUUGCGUGCAUGGUGGUACCAAGAUGGCCCAUACCAUUUCAGCUUCGCAUGCAUCAAGAGGACAGCCGGUAGUGGCAUACAUGGAUCCUAACGUAUAUAGCCCUACACACAGU